AAAGGUAUGUUACUCUGCGCAGGCGUGCUCUGAAGAUGGCAGCUGCUGUUGUCGCCGCCUCUUGGCGAAGUCUCUCUGCACCGCAGGGGAUGCUCUUGGCGCUGCUGUGGCUGGUCUUGGUGACAAGAACGCGGCCGGUGCAUGCCCUGACUGAGCAGUACCCGACGUUGUCCCUGCUCAGACAGGAGCUCUACCGUCAGCAGGGCCAGCGGGGCAGAGCCUGUCCGGAGCUUCUGGCGGCUGAAUGGGACGGGGAGCAGUAUGCGGCAGCUGCAGGCGACUGUGACUCUUCUUUUUUGCACUUUCAUGAGUCAGACUGUGAACUACGGGAGCCUUCAUCUUGUGAAUCCCUGCUUUCUCUGAAUACUGAAAAACUUCUGAAUCAAGCAAAAUUGCUUGCAGAACAAAAGAGAUUUCCAUUUGCCACAGAUGAUGGCAAUACAAACGAAGAGUUAGCUAUUGCAUAUGUAUUGAUUGGCAGUGGCCUUUAUGAUGAAGCUAUACGACACUUCUCAACAAUGCUCCAGGAACAACCGGAUCUUGUUAGUGCAAUUUAUGGACGGGGGAUAGCAUAUGGGAAAAAAGGAUUGCAUGAUAUUAAAAAUGCAGAGCUUGCUUUGUUUGAGCUGAGCAGAGUAAUUAGCCUGGCACCAGAUCACCCUGAAGUAUUUGAACAGCGAGCAGAGAUACUUUCACCUCUGGGUCGUAUUAGCGAAGCACUGGCUGACCUCACAAAAGCUAUUCAGCUAAAACCUUCAGCACGUCUCUAUCGGCACAGAGUUUUCAGGUCAACUGACUUUUUCCACUUGAUGAAAGUUGCUUUUGUCCAGCAGGACUAUACAACAGCCCAUGAAGACUUUCAGAAUUCCCUUGAACUGAACAAAAACCAGCCUAUAGCUAUGCUUUACAAAGGUUUAACAUUUUUUCACAGAGGACUUUUAAAGGAAGCUAUUGAAUCUUUCAAAGAAGCCCUGAAGCAGAAAGCAGAUUUUGUAGAUGCAUAUAAAAGCUUAGGACAGGCUUAUCGGGAACUUGGGAACUUUGAAGCUGCUACAGAAAACUUUCAGAAAGCACUGAUGCUAAAUCAAAAUCAUGUUCAGACGAUACAGCUAAGGGGAAUGAUGCUUUAUCACCAUGGUAGCCUAGAUGAAGCGCUGAAGAACUUCAAGAGGUGCCUGCAGCUGGAGCCAUACAAUGAGGUGUGCCAGUAUAUGAAAGGUCUCAGUCAUGUUGCUAUGGGCCAGUUUUAUGAAGGAAUAAAAUCUCAAACUAAAGUUAUGCUAAAUGAUCCUCUGCCUGGUCAGAAAGCUAGUACAGAGUACCUGAAAGUGAAAUACCUCAGAGAAUAUUCUCGCUAUCUACAUGCUCACCUGGAUACUCCACUUACAGAAUACAAUGUAGAUAUGGAUCUUCCUGGAAAGUUUAAAGAUCACUGGGCCAAAAAUCUUCCUUUUCUCAUAGAAGACUACGAAGAACAGCCAGGAUUACAGCCCCACAUAAAGGAUGUGCUGCUUCAGAAAUUUGAGACCUAUAAGCCCAAAAUGCAAGAGAUGAUAUGUGUAGCUGAUCAUUUGGGUUCACUGAUGCAAUACGAGACCCCUGGAUUUCUUCCAAACAAGAGAAUACAUAGAGCAAUGGGCCUAGCUGUGCUAGAAGUAAUGCAGGCUGUGCAGAGAACAUGGGUCAACUCAAAAGUACGGAUGAAUGGGAAAACCAGGCUGAUGCAGUGGAGAGAUAUGUUUGACAUUGCUGUGAAAUGGCGAAGGAUAGCUGAUCCAGACCAGCCAGUACUAUGGUUAGACCAAAUGCCAGCUCGAAGUCUUAGUAGAGGCUUUAUUAAUCACAUCAAUCUAAUAAGAGGACAAGUGAUUAACAUGAGAUAUCUGGAAUAUUUUGAAAAGAUGCUUCAUUUUAUCAAAGACAGGAUCCUUGUUUAUCAUAGUGCUAAUAAUCACAAAGAACUUGUAGAAGUUCGAGAAGCACUGGAACAGGUACAUAAAGUGGAAGAUCUUCUCCCAAUAAUGAAGCAGCUUAACAGUAAGACAAGGGAUGGAUUCACUGUCAACACCAAAGUCCCCAGCCUCAAAGAUCCAGGAAAAGAAUAUGAUGGAUUUACUAUCACCAUAACAGGAGAUAAAAUUGGGAACAUACUAUUUUCAGUGGAAACACAGACAACAGAAGAGAGAACACAACUGUAUCAUGCAGAAAUAGAUGCUCUUUAUAAAGACCUAACUACCAAAGGAAAAAUGCUUGUUUUCUCUGCGGAACUUGGGGAAGCAGAAGCUGUAUGUAAUCUAAUCCUGUCCCUUGUAUACUACUUCUAUAACUUAAUGCCUCUGUCUAGAGGUUCUAGCGUAGUGGCUUACUCAGUAGUAAUGGGAGCACUGAUGGCAAGUGGAAAAGAAGUAUCAGGGAAAAUUCCUAAAGGAAAGUUGGUUGAUUUUGAAGCCAUGAUGGCACCUGGUUCAGAGGCCUUCAGUAAAAUAGCAAAAGAUUGGCUGAAUCUGAAAAGCAUUUCCCCUUCUUACAAGAGUCUUCCUUUGGUAUCAGAAUCCUUUCCAACCUUACGAACCAUGAUUGAAGCAUUGAGUACAGAGUCAUCGCAUUGCCUCAAAAGGCUAUAGUUGCUGUGUAACUUAGCCUAAUAAAAAAAAAUGACCUCUU